AUGCAUAUAUUGUCUAUAAAAAUGCAGUAUCACAUCAUGUUCUGUGAUUGGUCAUAUUCUGCUUACUGGACGCCUGAAGAUCACCAACCAGGCUCGAACACGAAUUGCGCCACGAUGCUGACCAUGUGUCCUAGUGGUGAUCUAGGCUUAUAUCAGACUGAUUGGACUUCAGCCUUUCUUGCGAUGAAGGAUGAUUGGAUGGCUCUCUCGAGAUUGACUCAAACUCAAGUGACCCCAGAGGGCCCGGUAAGGCAUCGCCCGAGCACGAACUACAGCAAACUCUUGCCAUUCGUUUGUCGAUCAGCUGAAUUCAUACAUGAAGCUGACUUCAUGGCUUACAACAAGCUAAGCCCUGCAUAUGCGGCAAUGUCGGCCCUUUUAAGCGCAAUGUCGCCCAAUCUCGGCACCGGUUCUUUGAGACUCCAAGCUGCUACGAACUAA